GAUCUGGCCACCCCAGGUAUAAAAGUCUAGCUCCGCCGCUGGAUUAUAUGAUUCUGUUUGUUUGUUAGAAAGGAAAACAUGGCCAACAAUCAGCCAGUGAAUAUCUUUCUUUUUUCACUGCUUCUCCCUUUAAGGCUCCAUCAGCUGCUGAAAGAGAGCAUCGUCGGUGUUGUUGCAGCUCCGGUCUCCUCCUCCUCCUCCUCCUUUCCCCUCCCUUCCCUUCAUCCAUCUCUCCGUCCAACCCCCACUCUCCUCUCCACACUCGCACCUCGACUUUUGCAUCGCCUCCUCCGGCAUAAUGACCAACGAUUCCCCGGAGGAGGAGACCCGAGCUCCGGGCGGCGGAGGAGCUGGUGGUAAAGAAGGGAAUGCGCGAGCGAAAAACGACAAUGUCACCAUCCUGACAUCCUCCAUGGAUUUCCACAGAGCCGGCAGGAGCCGAGCCAGCAGCGGCCACGAUGCCGCCCCGAGCAUCACAUCCUCCGUGGACCUGAGCACCUCCUCCCUGGAGAUGAGCAUCCAGACGCGGAUCUUUAAGAUCAUCGUCAUCGGGGACUCCAACGUGGGGAAGACGUGUCUCACCUUCCGCUUCACGGGGGGGAGCUUCCCCGACAAGACCGAGGCCACCAUCGGCGUGGAUUUCAGGGAGAAGGCGGUGGAGAUUGAAGGGGAGACUAUCAAGGUGCAGGUGUGGGACACAGCCGGCCAGGAGCGCUUUCGCAAAUCCAUGGUGGAGCACUAUUACCGUAAUGUGCACGCAGUGGUCUUUGUGUACGAUGUUACCAAGAUGGCCUCCUUCCGCAACCUGCAGACAUGGAUAGAGGAGUGUAAUGGCCAUCGAGUAUCAGCAUCAGUGCCUCGAGUUCUGGUAGGAAACAAGUGUGAUCUUGUGGACCAAAUACAGGUGCCCUCCAACAUGGCGUUGAAGUUUGCCGAUUCCCACAACAUGCUGCUGUUUGAGACGUCGGCAAAGGAUCCGAAAGAGAGUCAAAACGUCGAUUCAAUCUUCAUGUCCCUGGCCUGCCGCUUGAAAGCCCAGAAAUCCCUGCUGUACAGAGACGUGGAGCGAGAGGACGGCAGAGUGCGACUCACGCAAGAGAAUGAAACUAAGAGUAACUGUCCCUGUUGAGGAAGUGGGAAUUACUACAAGAAGGGAAGAGAGAAGAGUAACAAUACAUGUCAAGGAGGAGUGGGAUUAUGAGAGUCUUAAACAAACUGUACCUUUUCUGGUUUUGGAGGAGGAUGGGGUGAGUUGAGACUGACACUAAGAGCAAGGAUAGGGUGGAAGAGGACAGGGAGAGGGUGUUAACGCUGGUUCACUGAACUAAAACCUCAACAGAGGUCUGGUUCUUGAGGAUGUGAAGGUAAAGAAAACAGAUUGGUGUGGUGACACAUUUAUUAUGGAUUCAGAAAUAAAGGUAUGCUGCCUUUUAGACUAAAAAAUUCUACUCAUUUUACCAUAGACACAAUCAAAGUUUAUAUACCUUCCAUGGGAUUUAUAGCCGAUAGCCUUGAAGCAAAGUUUUUCCUAAAACCAGGUCUAGUUUGGUAUUUGUGUUACGAAUUGCAGUUCAAUAAGGAUGUAUUGGUAUAUAGGAUAGG